GAGAGGUCUGCUGUCUACAGCAGCCAUCUGUCUGUGGACAGUCGAGCGCUCACGCUGUUGUAAAUGGAGACAAGUCUGGAGUUGGAUGUUUUGAUAUUCCCAGAUAAAGUGAGGAUUGCUACUCCGGAGGAACUCACAGAAUGGGAACUUGAGACUGCGAGCCAGGUGUCCAUUCCCACCGUCCGACUCUUUGUGGCACUGUACCCAUACAACCCUGCUGCAAUGUCUCCCAACUAUGACACGGCUGCAGAGGAGCUGCCUUUUGUACCAGGCCAGAUAAUCAAGGUGUUUGGAGACAAAGACCAUGAUGGUUUCUAUCACGGUGAGUCCGGAGGUCUCUCUGGUUAUGUGCCAAGCAACAUGGUGGCUGAAAUCCCAGUGGACGAUGAGUACCUGAAGCAUCUACUCAUGCAACAGGGAUUCCUGCCUGUAGACCACACAGGUAUGUCUUUAACGCCAGAUCUGAGCGACGUAGCAAGCAUCCCUGAUGAUGUGAUUGUUCGACGAAUGGUGGCCUUAUUUGACUAUGAUCCAUGGGAAAGUUCACCCAACAUGGACAGUGAAGUUGAACUUGGCUUUCGUUCAGGAGAUAUCAUAUAUGUGUUAGGUGACAUGGAUCAAGACGGAUUUUACUAUGGGGAUCUGCAUGGACGACGAGGUUUGGUUCCAUCAAAUUUCUUGCAGCCACUCCCCUGGGAUUAGAAGAAAAGUCCACGCUACAGUAGGACGUUUGCUACAAAUGCCAAGUCUCAGACACAGUGAGAAAUCAGCAGUUUCUUAAAAAUAUUGUUAAAUGGGCAUUUUUAUGUGUCAAAAAAAAUCUUUUUUUAUUUUUUAUAUUAUAGUACGGCACUUCACCUGCUUUAGAUUGCAAAUCAGUGAGGAUCUAUGCAAAUAAGCAAUUAAUUAGUAGUUGUAACUAGUGUUACCGGUAUUGAUCAGGAUGCAGCAAAGUAAAAAGAGUUCUCGUCAUACAAUUGUCAGAUAAUUCAUUUAUUGAAAAAAUGUAACAAAAAUUACAAAUCAUAUGGUGAAAAAUCCCAGAAAAUUACAAAUUCAAAUCAUGUAUAUUUUAAAAAUCAAAAAGAUCUUUAACUCAAAAACAAAAAGCCAAACAUGAGCCAGUGGCUGAAUUUAUAAAAUGAAAUUUUCUAUAUAUCUGAAAAUGUGUUACAAUAUGAACAAUUUGUAAUUAUUUCAAUCAUACCUGAUGGCAAUGGAUAGAUUAGUUUAGCCUUAAUAACACGCUUCUAGUCUCAGUUUUUUGCAGACCAGUGUAUAUGUCCAUAUUUGCCUUAUACCCUAUUUUUAUAUUUUAUAUAACUGGCUCAUGGUUACUUCAUAUGGAGAAAUUAGGAGAAAAUAUUUUUUCGUUUUGCAGUAAUUCUUAUGUAAAAAAAUCCCAACAGAAACUUUGUAUAAAGGAAGUGAUUAAUGUUAUACUCAUGUUAUCAAUGCAAGAACUGUAAAGCAGAAACUGAAAAUAAACUAUCUUGAAUUUGUA